CCAGUCCGUAUUAGUUUAUACAGGUGUGUGGGCAGCUAUGAAUCACUUACCACGGCUGUGCAGGGCGCCUCUUGUUGGCAGGCCUGUUUUACUUGCGAUAACACGAAGGCUUUCGUCCAAGGUGCCCCCGGAGCCUACAUGGGAGGAGGUUGACGAGACUAAACUACCAAAGCCUACGAAGAUCGACAAGGACACCAUUGACCAUUUGGAGAGACUAGCCCUGGUGGACUUUGCCAACAAGGAAGGCAUUAGCAGGCUGGAGGCAGCAAUACGCUUCGCAGACCAGAUGUUCUUGGUGGACACUACUGGCGUGGAACCUAUGGAUUCAGUUCUAGAGGACAGAGAGCUGUACUUGCGAGCUGAUACAGUCACAGAGGGAAACUGCAAGGAUGAAAUACUAAGGAAUGCUGGGAAGGUGGUGGAAGACUACUUUGUGGCACCACCAGGGAACAUUCCUCUACCAAAGAAAGAAGAAUAUGACAGAUGACCAACCUUGUACAGCUUUCACUCUAGACAGUAUUGACACUAUUUUAGAUUGAUAGCCUGUAUUGUAUAGUUUGUAUGACUAUCAGUUACUUGUAUUAGCAUUUAGCUGUCUAUUCAAUGCUCUUUAUGUCUCAUUAUUUCCUAAAGCUCUCAUGCCAUGGUAGAUUACAAGUGUAAGUCAGAGCAAGACAUACUAUUUGGAUUAAACAAUCAUUAUGUUACAUUCUGAGAACUUGUGUAAGAAUCUGAGGUAAACUAAGUUUUAAAGGAAAGAUGAUAACACAAACGUUCUGGUAUAAGAUGAAUUUUAUUGAAGCAUUAAAAUAUUGGUGACUCCUGAAAACGUUACUUUGGUCACAUCCUUGAAGUUGAAGCUGAUACUGUAACCUGAAAUGAAAACGCCCAUACCCAAAACAACCAUUCACCAAAAAUACUGAACUGUGUUGGAUACUGUUAAUAAACAUGUCUUCUAUUCACCCCUGGCUAUUUACAUGCAUUUAGUAAUGGCAAACAUCAGAAACCAAAAGGGUUACAGAGAUGAAAUGGAAGAUCCCCAACCGCUGUAUCAUCUUACUGUUGAUUGACAAAUGAUUGAUGUGACAAAUGAUUAGUAACAAUUUAUCAAACAUAAAAUAGA